AUGCAAUUUGCAGGUCAAUGUUGCGUAAAGAGUAAUUGCAUUGCAUUGUUUAGUAAACUACUGUUCAACAAUAAUCAUCCUAUAAAUAAUCAAUUGAAAAUUGCCAUCUAUAUCUUGAUCAAUAAUCAUAAUCAUAAUCAUCGAGUCAACCAACAACAUCAACAACAUCAGAUUAUUACAAAUUCCCAACAACAACAACAACAACAACAACAACUUCAAAUUCAACAAAGACCAAUAUUCUUACCACUAUCUAUAUUACAUAAUACUAGACCAUUUUCAAUUGUCCAAGUUUAA